GCUGCGGCGGUGUUCUCGGGCCGGCAUCAUGGCGUCGUACGUGGAGAUCCUGCAGAGCGAGUUUCCGCACAUCGACGCGGAGCUGUUCGACUACAUCACAGGUGUCCUGGACUCCGGCGGCCCCGACUUCGAGGAUGGCGAGGAAGUGUUUGACGCCGUCGGCGGCGUCUUGCAGGACGUUUCAGCCGACACCAAGAACGAGGACGACGUCAGAGACAUCUGUCUCCAGAUGUUCAACACGCUCAAGCUCUCCAACCAUCACGGCUCCCAGAAGCAGGUUCUGCUGGACGCUCCGGUCCAGCUGUCCCAGAUCUCAGCGGAUGCAGUCUCCACCAACACGGACGUGACGGGGAUCUGGAUGAUGAAACGAGCCCAGAACACGAUGGUGGACGCCAAGAAGCUGGAGAAAGCUGAGGCCAAACUGAAGGCCAAACACGAGCGGAGGAACGAGAAGGACUCGCAGAGAAGCACCGGUCCCCUGGUCCUGGAGGAGGCCUCAGCCAGCCAGGCCAGCAGCAAGAAGGACAGCCGGGUGGACCAGUCGGGGAAAAACCGCAGCUACGACAUCCGCAUAGAGAACUUUGACGUUUCCUUCGGAGAGAGGUGUCUGCUGCAGGGGGCGGAGCUCUCGCUGGCCUACGGCCGGCGCUACGGCCUGAUUGGGCGUAACGGGCUGGGGAAGACGACGCUGCUGAAGAUGAUGGCCAGCAGGAACCUGCGGGUGCCGGGUCACAUCUCCAUCCUGCACGUGGAGCAGGAGGUGGCGGGCGACGACACGGCGGCGCUGAGCAGCGUGCUGGAGAGCGACGCCCUGCGGGAGGCGCUGCUGAGCGAGGAGAAGCAGCUGAACCAACGCAUCGCCAACGGAACAGCCGACGGGCUGGAGAGUAUCCGGCUGACGGAGGUUUACGCCAAACUGGAGGAGAUCGAAGCUGAUAAAGCACCUGCCAGGGCCUCCGUCAUCCUGGCCGGUCUGGGAUUCAGUCCCAAGAUGCAACAGCAGGCGACCAGGGAGUUUUCUGGAGGCUGGAGGAUGAGGCUGGCGCUGGCGAGAGCGCUGUUCGCCCGGCCGGACCUGCUGCUGCUGGACGAACCCACCAACAUGUUGGACGUCAGAGCCAUCCUGUGGUUGGAGAACUACCUGCAGACGUGGCAGUCCACCAUCCUGGUCGUGUCCCACGACCGGAACUUCCUGAACGCCGUGGUUACCGACAUCGUGCACCUGCACUCGCAGCGGCUGGACAGUUACCGCGGCGACUACGAGAACUUCCUGAAGACCAAGGAGGACCGGCUGAAGAACCAGCACCGGGAGUACGAGGCCCAGCUGCAGUACCGGCAGCACAUACAGGUCUUCAUCGACCGGUUCCGGUACAACGCCAACAGAGCAGCUCAGGUCCAGAGCAAGUUGAAGCUGCUGGAGAAACUGCCUGAGCUGAAGCCGCUGGAGAAGGAGACGGAGGUGACGCUGAGGUUCACUGAUAACUUUGAGAAGCUCAGUCCUCCCAUCCUGCAGCUGGACGAGGUGGAGUUCUACUACGCCGCCGCGCAGCCGAUCUUCUCUGGACUCAACCUGUCGGCCGACCUGGACUCCCGGAUCUGCAUCGUCGGGGAAAACGGAGCCGGGAAAACCACCGUCCUGAAGCUGCUGAUGGGGGAGCUGACGCCGGUGAACGGAGUCCGGCAGUCCCACAGGAACCUGAAGAUCGGAUACUUCAGUCAGCACCACGUGGACCAGCUGGACCUGAACGUCUGCUCGGUGGAGCUGCUGCUCAACAAGUUCCCCGGCCGGACGGAGGAGGAGUACCGGCACCAGCUGGGCGGCUUCGGCAUCACGGGGGAACUGGCCACCAGACCGGUCGCCAGUCUGUCGGGGGGGCAGAAGAGCCGGGUGGCCUUCGCCCAGAUGACCAUGCCCUGUCCGAACUUCUACAUCCUGGACGAACCGACGAAUCACCUGGACAUGGAGACGAUCGAGGCUCUGGCUAAAGCGCUGAACAAGUUCAGGGGCGGGGUCAUCCUGGUGUCCCACGACGAGCGGCUGAUCCGGUUGGUCUGCAAGGAGCUGUGGGUCUGCGAGGGCGGGAAGGUGCGACGCAUCGACGGCGGCUUCGACGAGUACCGGGACAUCCUGCACGAACAGUUCCGGAAGGAGGGCUACCUGUGAGGCCCCGCCCCCCCGAGCCGGGCCGCCCCCCGGGCCAGGCCACGCCCACACCGCCCCUCCCUCCCCCCCACGAUGACCUCAGCAGCCACCCGGCCGUCAGGAGGACUGUCUCCCUGCUGCCUGGUGAUUGGCUGCCGGCGGUCACCUGGUCCUGGGGGGAGGAGCUAACGGCGGCUAACCGGUCCGUCGUUAGCCGCCGCCGCCGCCGGAGCUUUUACCAGAAUCUGAAGGACCAGAACUGUCAAUCAAACAUUCAUUUACUUUCAGAGACUCAAUAAAAGCAUCAGAUCACC